AUGGCUUUAGCAGUUAGUGCCCUGUGUUCUGCAGCUCUAUUGAUUCUCCUUCCGGAGGAUUUCACCGAAAUUGCUCCGAUGGCUUGGAUGAUUCUUCUGGGUGACUCGAUCCACAACUUCAUGGACGGAAUGGCAACUGCAGUGGGUUUCACUGAAAGCCCCACUGUUGGCGUUGCCAUCUGUUUGUGUAUCCUCUUUGAGGAGCUACCCCAUGAGCUUGGUGACUUUGCUGUCCUCAUCUCUUCCGGUUUCCCCGUCAAAUCGGCCAUUUGUGCCAACUUUGCUUCUGCCUGCACUGCUUAUCUAGGGCUUAUUAUUGGUCUGGUUAUUGGUGAGGUGUCUUCCGGUGCUCUCUACGUGUUUGCGGCCACCUCUGGCGUCUUCCUUCACGUCAGCCUCGCGGACAUGUUGCCCUCUAUUCGUCAGACACUGGAAGAGGCGGAAAAGAAACGCGAAUCAUCUUUCGGAAUAUUCGUGAUUCAGGUUGGUGGGUUGAUCACCGGCUAUGCUUGCGUCCUCGGUGUUAUCUUCGCCAGCGACUACAUCUCCUUUUAG